UUCCUGGGAGAAGCACUGCAAGGAGAAGAAUGAUGGUGCUGUGGAGAGCUGGCCUGUCUCUCCGAACUUAGAGGUUCUCCCCUAAGAUAAAUAACUUCCCUGAUGAGCCCAGGCAAGUCUUCUUGUUGCUAAUCCUAUGCAGCUGAACUUCACCCCUUGGCCCAGCACUGCACACAUCGCAUAACCCUCCCCCUCCCCUCCCCCUCUUCUAGGCUCCCUUCCCCAGAAAUUUCAUCACUUCCCAGCACAGCCAAAACACUUUUGGUAUAUUUCUCUAGGUUAGUGUUUAACCAAGCAUCUAUCUUUAAGCGAUGGGCUCAACUGAUGGAGGAAUUACUAAAAGCCAGAGACUCAGGAAAAGAGUUUCUGCUUCUGGUGGAGAGGAAAGGAGGGCAGUGGACCUCAGGGGACUCAAGAGGGAGAAACAAUGGAAUCUGGCUUCACCUCCAAGGAUGCUUAUCUGAGCCAUUUUAACCCUCAGGAUUACCUAGAAAAAUAUUACAACUUUGGGGCCAAACACUCCGCAGAAGACCAGAUUCUUAGGCAUCUUCUGAAAAUCCUUUUCAAGAUAUUUUGCCUAGAUGGUGUGAAGGGGGACCUCCUGAUCGACAUCGGCUCCGGCCCCACCAUCUAUCAGCUCCUCUCUGCUUGCGAGUCUUUCAAGGAGAUCAUUGCCACCGACUACACGGACCAGAACCUGCAGGAGCUGGAGAAGUGGCUGAAGAAGGAGCCAGGGGCCUUUGACUGGUCCCCAGUGGUGACCUAUGUGUGUGAGCUCGAAGGGAACAGAGUCAAGGGAACGGAGAAGGAGGAGAAGCUGAGGCGGGCGGUCAAGCGGGUCCUGAAGUGUGACGUCACGCAGAGCUGGCCACUGGGUGCCGUCCCCCUGCCUCCGGCUGACUGUCUGCUCAGCACACUGUGCCUCCAUGCCGCCUGCCCGGACCUGCCCACCUACCGCACCGCCCUCGGGAACCUGCGCAGCCUGCUGAAGCCGGGGGGCUUCCUGGUGCUCGUGGAUGCCCUGAAGAGCAGCUACUACAUGAUUGGGGAGCAGAGGUUCUCCAGCCUCUGUCUGGGCCGGGAGGCCGUGGAGGCUGCCGUGAGAGAGGCUGGCUAUACCAUCGAACACUUCGAAGUGAUCUCCCAAAGUUAUUCUUCCACCAUGGCCAACAAUGAAGGGCUUUUCUCCUUGGUGGGGCGGAAACUGAGCCCAUGUGUAUGAUACCAGGCGAUCGCCAUUAAAGCAAUGCCCCUGACCUGCCCUGCUGACUUCAGACUUGGUUCUAACUGCCGCGGUCAUUGUGCUGAGUAGAGGCCAUUGCAUGGGGCGUGAUGGUUCACCUAGGACAGGGCUGGAGUGGUCAACCUGCCUAGGAGCCAUUGGUUGACCCCCUACUCUGUGCUCCCCACCUGUGCUGGUGUCAUUAGGACUCCAAGAUGACCAGCUGGCAUGUCCAGUCUUUGUUGCCCGCAGUUAUAAAAGAAGAUCUAUUGGGGAAAUAAUAAAAAAUAAAUAAAUACAUAGAUAAAA